GUCCGCGUACCCUACCGAUAGACAAUGCGACUGCGGUCGGUACCGUAAUCCUCACUGCGGCAUGCCGCCGCCGUUGAACUAAGUGGAUGCUACUGGAACAUUCCGAAACCGGCGGAUUAUGGAUGGCCAGAUUAUGGCAACGAUCAUUUUGCUUCUGUUUCCUCGUGUUUGUUUGUUUGUUCUUGCAGACAAGCGGUUGCAUCGAGUUGUUGAUUUCGGCGAUAACGGCUGUUGCGAUCCAGCGGCGCCGCGAGCGAUGACGUACUACGGCGCACGAAGGAAAGACGCCUGGGCACAGCAGCGCAUGCGCCAACAGUUGAUAGUCGCGCUUAAAUUUUGUUUUAAGAUGCGGCCGCCGAGAGACCCACCCUGACCCACCCUUCAUUUUGCGUUUCACGCCGCAGCCGCCCGUGUCAGCUGAACCUCCGCGUCGUACCGUAUAUGCUCUGGCAGCGAUUGUCGACCACAUCACCGACCCCGAAACACAGCCAUGGGUUUCGGCGCGGGCUCCUGCCGUAUGGCGUGCUUCGAAGCUUUAAGUCGCGGCUGCACCAGUUACGGCACGGACUUCUGCAAUUGCGGUUACGGGACUCUCUUGUGCUCCGGAGUUCUCGCACCGCCCAUUGGAGCUCCCGGAAUAUACGCAUGCGACGACGCGCGGCGGCCAUUGCGUCCUUCCUCACGCUCGAACUGUCGCGCCAUGACGCCAACGACGCCGUUGCUGCCGACAAGUCUGAAGUCUCGCCUGUCGCGGUCUUUUCUUUUGUGCGCGUGUUCCCACGAACGAACUGACCCUGCCACUUAACCGGGAGACGAGGCAACUGUCGUCGGCAGGUGCUUCAACUACCUUGUGAGGUGCAGCUCGUGCAACCAGGUGACUGUGGCACUACCCCGAGGGACAACGCAGCUACUCUCGCCGCAGCCUCGCUUCGGCAUCUAAUCUCCGAGGUGGGAGUGUUUAGCUGGCGAGGGCGGCGCGGCCAUUAACUUCCUCACCGAAACUGAUUGACAACAUUGGCAAAUUGUGUGCAGUUAACUGUGGUGCUUAAUUAUGGGCACGAGCUUCCUUGGACGGCCGCAGCCACAUCGGGUCGUCGCCGUGACGGAAGCGAAGAGGACGGGGUGGGACGAUUCUAUAGCUUCAGGCUUAGCUAACACUAGGCAGGGUAGCCGACGCUGCGCGCAGGCAACAGCUGGCAGGGGUCCUCUCUCUCGCUUGCGACACGGCCAUCGGCCCGUUCCGAGUGCCUGUCGCUUCCCGGCCACAGUUUCGCGUCCACGCGCGCGCAAAAGGGCGCGAAAUGUGGACUCGCGGAAGUCGGUGGCAUCCGGAAUUAGCGUGCAGGCUAACCCAGUGGCGUAUUACUUCCAGUUCGUCCAGCUACGCUGAAGAACGGACGUUGCCUUCGGUCCGCGACGCGGCGCGUUGCGGCCAAAGUACGUGCACACUUUUUUUUACUUUUCCAUUCCUUGUGCCACGCUGUGCUUUUGUCGCUCGACACGCGGACCGUGUUUGACGAGUUCAUCUCCGCCCACGGCUCGUGCGAUGACGCUUGUCACGGUGAGUACCUACUUUCUGGUUAUAUAUCGUAAUUAGAACAGUUGCCCCUUCUUACAAAUUUCAGGUACGCAUCCUAGGCCUCCACUUCCAGCGCACUCCACCAACGUCUCUGUGCGAAGCAGUGUGCCGGACUGUUCACGUUCAGUGUCUGUCGUACCGUGGCUGACCGCCUGUGCACUACUCCAGCCAUACAGCUACUGGUUUGCUGGCCAAUGGACAAACCUGCACGACCAGCCCUGCAGUAGGUCGACUGCUUACUUGGCCAUCAGUCACGUGCGGCUGAUUUUCCUGCACCCAGCCGUGUCCCGGACGGAUGACGUUCAUCACCUGUUCCGCUGCUGGCCGUCUGUACCCUUCUGCUCCAGCCACACCGCUACUGGUUUCUUGGCCAAUGGAGAAACCUGCACGACCAGCCCUGCAGAACGUCGACUGGUCGAAAUUCCCCAGACUUGGCCAUCUGUCGUGUGCGGCGGAUUUUUCCUGCACCCUGCCGUGUCCCGGACGGAUGACGUUCAUAGCCUGUUCCGUGGCUGACCACCUGUGCACUACUCCUCCAGCCAUACAGCUACUGGUUUCUUGGCCAGUGGAAAAACCUGCACGACCAGCCCUGCAGUACGUCGACUGGUCGAAAUUCCCCAGACUUGGCCAUCUGUCGUGUGCGGCGGAUUUUUCCUGCACCCUGCCGUGUCCCGGACGGAUGACGUUCAUAGCCUGUUCCGUGGCUGACCACCUGUGCACUACUCCUCCAGCCAUACAGCUACUGGUUUCUUGGCCAAUGGAGAAACCUGCACGACCAGCCCUGCAGAACGUCGACUGGUCGAAAUUCCGCAGACUUGGCCAUCUGUCGUGUGCGGCGGAUUUUCCUGCACCCUGCCGUGUCCCGGGCGCAUGACGUUCAUCGCCUGUUCCGCGGCUGACCGCCUGUGCACUUCUGCUCCAGCCACACAAGCUACUGGUUUCCUGGCCAACGAAGAAACCUGCAAGACCCGCCAUGCUGUACGUCGGCUGUGCGUAGUCUGCAACCCUUGUAUUGACAUCCGCCGCCCAUCAAGAUUUGUUCCGCCUGCGUAGUCGGCCAUAUGGCGUCCAGUGCUCACCGUAGUGUGGCAAGCCUUGCUCACUACAGUCCGUCAGAUUGCUACAGCCGCUGACGUUGAGCCGCAGAAAGUCCCUCCUUGCCUUCUCCGUGCUGCCUCGAUGACGCUGCACAACUACGGAGUCGUAAUGCCAACACCGAUCACGACAUCCCUGUGGAAGUUUUUCCGCCCGGUAGCUGUAUUAUUGCCGUUCGCUAAAGACUCGUAUUGAGGGCCCUGAGUGUUUCACGAGCAGACCAAAGCAAUUCCAGGUAACAUGCUGGCUCAUCUGUGGUACACUGCUCAGUCAAUCUGGAAUUUGGUGCACGUUAAAUCACAUCCUGGGCUCUCGUAAUGGUACGCUGAUGCUGGUUCGCAUUGUGAAGUUGCGCGCGCGCGUAUCUGUGCGUGUAUGGGUGUAUGCGUGUAUGCGCGCGUAUGCGUGUGUGUGCGUGUGUUGCUGCAUGUAUGUUGUAAUUCCAUGUGCGUGCAACUUCGAUCACUUCAUCUGGUUGUUGGCAUAUUUUUAGCUGGGUGCGUUCUCACUUAUUUCAUGGAAUUCUUCGUGGCUCGCCUCGUCUCAUCUGAAUUCUUCAGCAAGCUCGUUGAUGGUUUCUUAGUGAUGGUCGCCAGUCUUUUCCAAAGUCCUCCCAACUCUGGCUCUGGGUGUUCCCCUUAAUUGAAAGGCAUCCAGUGGUGUGUUUACGUGGCCGUUGCCUCGUCGACUUCUAUUCGAAGAGGCCUUUGUCGGUAUAUUUUCUUUGUCCAUAUCUUCCUUGUUUAUCAAGUUAUUCAUCAUGGCUAAUGCGAAGCAUCAGCGUACCGUUACAAAAAGCAUAUGGUGUGAAUUAAAGGCAAUAAAACAUUUCCGUUAGCUUGUGAGCAUCUUGCUUAUCCUUUGAAAUAUAGUGCUGGCAUGUCACCGAACUUAGUUUUAAAAACCUGUCUAUAGUCAUUAUUCAUGUUAGCGGUAAACCCGCGUAUCACUACACAGCCAAGCGAAGUGGAUCCUGAACCUCCCUUCAGCGAGAUUGGGCAUUGAUCGGAAGCCACCACCGCACGUGUCUGCGAUGUUACUUCCUGAUCACUGUUUCAUCACCGUUGCUUUUGUACUUCACUGUUCACUGCCCUGUGUAAAUUUACCUGCUUGGAUCCACUUAUACUUUUUAUAACAUGCACUUGCGGUACAAUGUUCACUGUAACUUAAUAAAAUGACGAAGCUGUUCUUUAGGAAUAUUUCUCCUGUGUGGCGUACAUUGUACAGUUGAAAUCAUUCUUACCUUUAUUGUAGUGCAUAUUCCUGCCAACUCGGCGUUCACUGGAGUUAUAUGCGAACUGAAAUAAAAUUUUGGACGUAGUUCCAGAGUCGA